AUGCUUAAAGAUUGGGACCGAGAUCUACGAGCGAGGCUUGCAGCUCAUCAAGGAAUAAAUGUCGAAUCAGGUCCGAAAAGUAUUGACGCAGUGCUCGACGAACUUCUUGACAAAGUUGACUUGACGGGUUUUGCACAAGCGAUCCAAAUCGCCAACACAGCAGAUCCAACCUUCUAUCCAAGUUUGAAUCAAGGAUUCCUAAACUUCAAGAAUUGCCCGGUGCAUCCGAAUCUGUGCAUUCGGAAUUCAGAUACAAUUCGAAAUCUCCACCUUCAAUUGGAAUUGCUGUAA